UAUGAACUCAAAGCCAAGAAAUCAAAGCUUUUAUGGAAGUGAGAUGUCUUCCUAUCCUUACAUACUCCAGGAUGCUUAUCAAGAGCAGCCAAGGAUUGCCCAUCCUGAAAUAUUUACAAAGAGUGCUCUAGCCAACUUUUGAUGACUCAAAUAUGAAACAGGUCAUAUAGCAAUCCCUCAGGAGUCCACUCAUCAAGUCUUUUACUGCGAUAUAGACGACUUCUGUUUAUGUGGUACUACUCUUCUCCAGACACCAAGAGUCAUUUCUGAUGAACAACCACAAAUAAGAGACCAAAAAGAGUUUUCACCAGCAGUUAUUGCAAGAAGCUUCACUAAUUACUCAAUGGGAAGCUUGUCUUACCUGCCUCACUCAGAAAGUUCCUCUGUUGAAACAGGAAUUCAGAGGCAGUCAGAUGACUUCUUCUCGCCGUCCUGGGUUCGAGCCCAAUACAAGUCCAGAAAAGAUGUGAUCUACAAGGCAAUAUUCAGGCGAAUGAGGAAAUUCUUCAUGGACGAUUUCCUUACAACCAUGGGCAAGAAGUCAAUAAAAUCCAGAUUUCCCCAAAAAGUCAAGGAUUACUGCAGCUUCAGGUUCCCAGCCUGAGAAAACGAGACUGUCUCGGUUAUAUUCAACUGAAUUAUCAACUCAAAAGAGAAAAUAUGCAAGAUUAGGUCCAGAGACCAGCCCUUGAGAAAGAAAGUUUCAGAACUAGUCUAUAUGUUCAGUGAGAGAAGACUCAAGGAAAUGGAAGAACACCCUGAAUUCUUUGAAAUCUUGAUGUACUUCCUCAACCAGCCAAACACCUUGAACUUGAUAUCAGAAGAUGGCACUCAAGAAUAUUUGCAAAAACUUAGAGAAUGUUUGGAGCAACUAGCAAUUGUUGCAGCCUACAGAAGAUCAAGACUUAAUUUAUAAUUUAUCUAAAGUUUGCAAACCUAA